AACACCUCAGAUCGUUUCAGCUAUGGGGAAAAGUAGUUGUUUUGCGAUUUUUCUAAUGGCAUUGGCUAUUUUUUCGGUGUGCAAUGCAAACGAAGACAUGGAAACUCUCAAAAAGGGAAUUCAAAGUUUGACAAAUACUAUGGUGAAGUAUCAAAGUGAAUUUGAUAGAAAAGUGCAAUUUAAAGAGUUACAGGAGGCCAUCGAUGCAAUUGACCGAUCAAUGUUGGGCUAUAUGGGAACCGCGAAGAACCGCUUAGAUCGAGUGCGUAGCUUGAAUACUCAAGCCCGUAUCUCCUAUUCGAACUGUGUCAAACCUGUGUUCGAGUGGUGCAUCAUGUCCAACAUUACCUUAAAUUUAGUCAUACCCAAUAUAGGCUCUGAGGAACUGACGAAGCACGACAGAGAUAGUAUUUUCAACAUAACACUCAACGCAAUCGACAUGGGACUAAUUCACACCGAAAAUUCACUGAAUCUCUUAAAUAAUGUUAUCCAACACACUUCCGACCUUAGAGAUCUAUUUAAGUCUAUAAUGCACGACGUGAGCGAUGAUUUUGGGGUGAAUGGGUUCUACGGCAAAAAGAGAUUGGAGUAUAUGGAGAAGGCCGAGUCGCAAAAGACGACCCAGCUCAUCUCAAACAUCUUCCUUUCAAUCGGGGCCGUAAUUUUUGCACCCAUUGGCGUGUCACUUGGCUUGGCAGCAGCUAUUGGGGCUGCCACUGGAACAACAGACCUUAAUCUUUGGAAGGGAAAAACAACAUAUCAAGAUCAAGUGGAUCUCAUUGAUAAAUUUUUCCAAGUUCUCCAGGACAACAUUAAUAAUGCCACCAAAAUAGUCGAAAAUAUAAAUGGAGCCUUAGAGGAGGACAAAACAAACCUACAUGCUCUUCGUGGAAAAAUAAGUGCUGCCAAUAUUAACAAAUUUCUCUUGACUCUCGAAUCACCCGCAUUGCAAAGACAAUUUGUUCCUUCUUUAACAAAUGUGGUUGAUCAGUGCAUAAAAUACAUCACCUGGCACGGUUACAAUUCAUCCAUUUACGAAAAUGUACCUGGCGAAAGGCGGUCUUUGCUCUUUACCGCUCUACCUACGGAAAACCUCAUUAGCAACCUGAACGAUAGACCUCAAACUAGGACUGUGUCAGAAUUGGAGCAAGUGCAGGAACCGAAACAAAUUAAGAAGUUAAGAAGUAAUUCCCCUCAAUCCUCGACGAUUCUAUCAAACAUACAUACGAUUGCUAGUUAUUUUAAACACGUUUUAUAAUAGAUAUCAAAGAUUUAAGAUUUUAAUCUCAAUUUAUUGUCAAUCAAAUUGUAAAGUAAAACGAAUAUCUCAUAAAA